UCCCGCCGCUAUUAAUACCGGGCCGGGGGCGGCGCGGAGCCCAGGCGAGCGGGACCGAACCGCUGGCUGCGGACAGCCGGAGCCCGAGCCCCGGGGCCGCCGGGCGUCAUGGGGCCGCUCCCGGGGAUGCUGCUCUGGAUGGCGCUGGUGUCAUCGGUCUGGGGGGGCUGUGUGGAGGUGGACUCAGAAACAGAGGCUGUCUAUGGAAUGACUUUCAAGAUUUUAUGCAUCUCAUGCAAGCGCCGGAGUGAAACCGUGGCUGAGACCUUCACCGAGUGGACUUUCCGUCAAAAGGGGACUGAAGAAUUUGUCAAGAUCUUACGCUAUGAAAACGAGAUGCUGCAGUUGGAGGAAGAUGAGCGUUUUGAGGGUCGUGUGGUUUGGAAUGGGAGUCGAGGCACCAAAGACCUGCAAGACCUGUCCAUUUUCAUCACCAAUGUCACCUACAACCAUUCAGGUGACUACGAGUGCCACGUAUACCGCCUUCUGUUCUUUGAGAACUAUGACUAUAACACGAGUGUCGUCAAGAAGAUCCAUCUUGAGGUGGUAGAAAAAGCCAACAGGGACAUGGCCUCCAUUGUGUCUGAGAUCAUGAUGUACGUGCUCAUUGUCGUGCUGACCAUCUGGCUGGUGGCUGAGAUGGUUUACUGCUACAAGAAGAUCGCUGCUGCUACUGAAGCGGCUGCCCAAGAGAAUGCCUCAGAGUACCUGGCCAUCACUUCAGAGAGCAAAGAAAACUGUACAGGAGUCCAGGUGGCUGAAUAGCCCAGGCCUUCCGGGCUCCCCGGCCCUGCCUCAAGAAAGAGCUGCCCCUGAUUGCUGGGUUGGGAGGGGGUCCCACCCCUCCUGGGGGCUCCUCAGCCUCCACGCCAAAGGAGUAGUAGUAGGGUGAGGCGGGGGCAGGGGCCUGCCUGUUAAUCUGUCUAAUACUGUAACAAAGGGCCAAGGGGCAGUGACUGCCUCCUGGCCCGUGCCUCCCCCCCUUCCCCUCUUCCUCUACCCACCGGAUAUGACAGCGGGGGGUGGGGGGGUGGGGGCCCUCCUGACUCACCAAAAUGCAUGAUGAAAAAAGCAAUAUGGCCACCAGUCCCCCCCGCUUCUGCUGCCUGAUCUUUGGAGGGGGGAAGGGACAGCACACAUCUCCUCCUUUCCCUUCUCUCCCCGCGCUGAUUUGCACAUGUCUGCCGCUUUGGCCGCACCUCACGUUGCCACAUCUGAGGAUGCAGGGGCCCUUCCCCUGACCCCGGCCUCCCGCCCCUGGCCAUUCACCACACACCGACUGACAGGGAAAUAGGGGCCUGGGGGGCCAGGACGCCUGGACCAGGAUCCAAGGCCUCAGGACUAACAUCCAUGUUCCUGCUCCCUUCUCAGCGACCCUCGUGACCUAGUGUGUGGCAGGGCUAAGGGGCGACGGAUUCUCUUCCACACUAGCUGCACUUUCCCCCUAGUUCUGCCCCCGCCUCCUUUCAACCUCGGCUCAUCCUGCCCUCACCCCUUCUCACCAGCCUCAGAUCUGUGGGCAUUUAGGAUGGGGAGGACUCCGCCUUCCUAGUUACUGUACAGUUGUAGUUUUGUUCAUGAAAUAAAACACGCUCGGACUUGA